AUUUAAAAAGCACUAUCUGACUAAGUCUGAUAAUGCAGUGAAGUCAGGCAGACAGUAUUCAUAUGAUUCUGUGACACUUAUGGAUAAAAUAAAGGCUGCAAAGGAAUCUCUGAAAAUGUCAAUGAAGGAGGCUGUAGCAACAGGUAUUACCUAGAGAAGAUAGGAUAUUUCUUUUCCUUAUCAUGAAGAACGGUUACUUUUUCUCAUUUUUUUUUCUUGAAGAUUUGUUUUAUAUUUGAUAUUACUUUCCCUUUCCCUAUCACCAAGCUUCUGUAGCUACACCACUUGAAUCUCUUAAUUAUGUGUGAAACUUCUGUAUUCUGCAGUAUCUACUCUCCUUUAGUGAAUGAACAUCAUUAAACUUUAAAUUGAUACCUAUCUGUUUUCCCCAAAUAAAGUAGGUUUUAAAAAUGUUUAGGAACCUUGGAAAAUGAUGGACAAGUUCUUGAGCAUGAUUUUAGUUCUUUUGCAUGCCACUUUGGAAUUAAUGGUAUAUACCUGCUAAGAGGUAAGAUGGGAACUUGACUCCCAUUUUCCUAGUUUAAUUCCCUGUGCUCAUUUCACAUACCUUGUUGCAUUUACAUACUUCCAUAUUUCUGCUUAAUGUUAACCUUAUGUUUAGCUUCAGAUAAAUCAUUGUUGUCUUUCAUUAUAGGUUAAUUUUCAAGACAUAAUGUUGACAGCCUGUAGGGUUAUUAUUACCUUGUUGGUAACAAAUCAGAGAGGGAGUAGCGACAACGUGGUUAUAAAAGAACUAUUCUACUUAGGUGUUUAACUGACUGUUCCUCCUCCCCUUUGUCCGUAGAGUUUCUGUCUGUAGGGUGGAGAACAUGGGACCAUUAUUUAGUAGCACCAGCUUGGUCUGCCGGUAAAAGUUAUACUUCUUCCCGUGGGCCAGGAAAUUAUAAUGUCUUUUAAAAUUGACGCCAUUUUUGAACACCUCAAGGAUCAUUUUUCAUACCUAUUAAAAGUCCCAUCUGAUGUACUGCAGAUAAGAUAUUCAGGAAUAGUUGUUAAAAAUAAUGAGACUCUCAUACAACAUGGAGUUAAGCCACAGGAUAUUAUACAAGUGGAAAUCUUUUCUACACAUCCAGAUCUAUAUCCAAUUAAAAGGCUAAGUGGAUUUAAUGAUGUCUCUCAAAUCAUAACUUUCAGAGUACAAACUGGCAUUCAUGAGUACCAGGAGAUAGCUGUUGAGAUUAUAAAGUCUGACUUUCACAAGCCAUUCCUUGGUGGAUUCAGACAUAAAGUCACAGGAAUAGAGUAUCACAAUGCUGGAACACAAACUUUACCUAAAAAGAUUCCUGAAAAAUUCAAUUUAUUUUGUAGAGAUACGCAGACAGUUUUUCAGAGAAAAAAGCUCCAACAAACUACAAAAACAACAUCAACACAGAUGACUGAAAUUGGUGUGUAUGUAUCAAAUAUGACUGAUAAACUGGUAACACCAGGAAAAUAUUUUUCAGCAGCAGAAUACCAUGCUCAAAGAUUAAAGGCGGUAAUAGUGAUACAGACUUACUACAGACAAUGGCAUGCUAAAAUUGUAGUAGAGAAUUUAAGAAGACAGAAAAUGUUAAGGUUGAAGUGGGAAGAACAGGAAGAACAAAGGAAGAUAAGAGAAAAAGAAGAAUGGAUGAAACUGGAUUAUUACCGAAGGCAUAAUCCUCAAACAAAAGAAGAUUUUGAACUUCUUUAUAAUGCACUAGAACUUUGGCAGCAAGAAGAGAUUGCCCGCAUUAACCAAUCUUUCACUGGAGCCGAAAGGAAAGCUGCUUUGUGUGAACUUCUGGAAAAAGAGAUCCAGAUAAUUGCUUCCAUUGGGAGGCAUAGAUACAUCGCUGAUAGGGAGAACAAGGAAGCAUUAUUACAAACUUUUUUGAAUAAGUGUUCAGCUCCAAAGAUAUGGAGAACAUUUAAUGGAAAAAAAAUUGAGAUGGAUACACAGUUCACCAUCAGAGCCAGAGAGCUUCAAAACAUCUAUGAAUGCAUUAUGCUGAAAAAUAUCUCUCAAGAUGAGAGGCUGGAUGUACUCCUGACACUUAAACACACUGUGAAGGAACAUGAGUGUAAGCUGACUCAGGAAAUUCUAGAAUUAAUUGACAGAGAGGUUGACCUUAUGACGAGGGGAGUCAAACAGCAUAACCUUGAAGGACUCAGAAAAAGAAUUGCAACACUCUUUUUUCACUACAUCAAAACACCUCUGUUUAAUCCAGAAGCUGCAAGACACCUUAAGGUCCCUCAAGACCCACUAAAGUUUUAUAAGAAGAUUUACUUUUGCCAUAGUUGCCAGCUCUAUUUGCCUUCUACGGAGUUUGCCAUAUCAUCUACCUCACAGCGCAUAUACCGCUGUCGUCACUGCGUUAACCUUGACAAUGAGACACGACGACGAGAAUCAUUUUUGAAGUACAAAUGUUUACUUAAACGGCUCUACUAUUCAGAAGCUGAUUAUGAAGAUGAUUCUAAAAUUGCUUUCCUGAUGAAGCUACAAGAUAUUCAAUACCUGACGGAGAACAUCUGGGCAUCCCAGUCAGUGCUUAGUGCCUGGAAUGAUCUCAGUGAUCUGGCCAUGGUCAGGUGGGAUAAGUCUCUGGAGUGGUCCCCCUGGAACUGCAUUCUUCUUACCAAAGAUGAAGGCAUUGCUCAUCUCAGGCUAACAAAUGUUGAAGAGGCAUAUGAACCCUUGUUUAUUCACAAGAUCAAACACAAACAUAUCCUGGCUAAGAACUAUUUUUCUCAGAUCCCAGUGCUGGCUUCAUUUAUACUUGAUGAUGGUGAAAUAGAUGAGAUCAGAAAGAAAUAUCAUACAGAAACACCACCUAAGAUUAUAGAGUCCCCGAUGGCCAGUCUUUAGAAGAUCCAGGAGUAUUUGUUCGACAGUGAGUAUUUCUGUCCACAGAGCUCACACAACAUGGAAAUAGAAUUUUAUUUUUUUAUUGGUUUCAAUUGUUUUUGUUCUUAAAGCAUAAUAAGCUGUAUGAAGAGAAAACUGAUUAGACAAUUAGUCUUAAAUUGAAAUAGUUUUAUUCCUGAAAUUAAUAUUUUAAGGUAAAGGGAAGAUUUUCUUCUCAUAUUUUUCAUAUUAAAUUUUUUUCAGAAAUUUUAGUGCAUCAUAGUUAAAACCAACAAACAAAAGCUAGGCUUAACUCUCAACUCAAUUUAUUUUAGAUAAAAUGUAGUUAUAGGAGAAUAGUAAGUGUAUCAUGGGAGGAAACAAUUUUAAUUUCUUGAAAAUCUUUACAGAUUGGAUAAAAGAUGCUAUGUUUUAAUAAGAGGAUUUGAAUCUUCACUUUUUAUCUUCUACUUUCCCCUUCCAUCCUUCUCAAAAUUCCAGUAGAACAACCAAAACAGAAACAGUUAUAAACAAACAAAAAGUACAUUCUAUGCCUGAAAAUAGAGUUAACAGUGGAACUAUCUUUUAUCCUAUGGAAGAAAAACUCCUAAUGGGGCAAUGGGGGAAGUAUAGGAAGUGGUCAAGUAAACUGUAAUAAUCCCUUUCAUCAGCAAGCCAAAGGAAUAACCUUGACCACAUGCAUGUCAGGGAUUUACAAUGAUGAACAAGGGUAUGUGAAUCAGUCUUAAACAGGAAACUGAUGGCACACUCAAAAUAGGAAAAUUCAAAGAGGGUUUAUUUACAAAGGAACUUAUUAUAAAGUGUGGCCAGUGUGUAGGAAGCCAGAGGAAUAGUGCAGGAACCCAGGGCCAGUGUUCACUAAGCUGUCUGUACAGUAGUCUCAAAUGAACCUAGGGAGGGAGAGGUCUGGGAAACUGGCAACCCAGAAAGAGACUGUAAAGAAGAUAAUUAAGAGGAUCAGUGACCAACUGUAAGGAGAACAGCCAGUCCUCGUUGAUCUCAUGACUAGGGAAGUAAGUACUCUGAGCUCAUACUUCUCCUUUCCUCCAGUCUCCUGCUUGUGUGUCCCACUGACAGAACCCAAAAGGAAAGCAGAAGUCUGCUGGCAUAAUUCAUACAGCUGCAGGUCCAAGAGUGGAGUAGAUAAGGGGCAAAGUGGAGCUGGAUACCUAACUAGAGAGAAAGAAUUAAAAGUGAAUAUCUGCAACUCAAGUAGAACUAUUUCAUACACGCACACACGCACAACAUAAUUUUUUGUAUAUAUAUAUAUAUAUAUAUAUAUAUAUAAACGUAAAUGCUAUACAAGAUAUAUAACACAAAUGCUGUAUAUGAGAUUGCAGACAAGGGGGUUGGGGAGAAUUUUUCUCCUAAUUCCAAUCAGCAAUUAAUGAGGCUGUUCUCCCAAGUUUAGUCAUCAAAGGAAUUGAAUCUAACUACUAAUAUUUUUUAUUCAUAAAUAUUUACCAGCAUUUUAGCAACAUAUAUUCUAGUAUAUCUACAGUUUUUUUUUAUUUAGCAAGAGUGAUUGUUUUUAAGGAACUAAACAUCAAGGAGGGAAGUGCUGUAAUUCUGUUAGUUUCAAGGUUUCAAGAACAGUUCAGACAUUCGGAAACUUUCUAAACAAUAAAUUUGAGCUGGAAUUAGAUCGGAGGCCAUUCCAGUCACUGAGAAACAGGUAACAAUUUAGCACAGACAAAAGUGGGUUUAAACUGGGAUGUAAACAACCAUAUUUUCACAAGAUGGUUCAGGAGAAUGCUCUGUCUUCAGAAAAGUAUGGGCUGGAGAGGCAGGCAGUGAGGGGGAAAUAAUCCUAGGGCAAAUAAAGGACUUUGGGAAUUCUCCUUUUGCCCUAAGGGUGAGACAACUGACUAGACCGGCAUUUGCUUAUAAUAGUGGAAGACUUGUAGAAUACAAGUGUGAGGGGUGGGCCAACCGGAGCAGUUGAUUCCUGGAUGAAAGGGUCAGUGCCUUAAUUUAGGGCUGGGACAAUCACCAGAAAGGGGGAAAAGGCAUCUCAACAGCAGAGAGGCUUUCCCUAAUAAACUCAGUUAUUCUGGUAAACUUUCCAUCCAUUUGGAACUACAGUUCCUGUUUUACACUGGUAUCCAAAACUAUAGCACAGAAGGCUAGACUUGGAGUUGUGUCAUGCUAGAGAGCAGUCAGUGGGGUGUCAGGUUGCAGCCUACAAGAAUCCUAACUCCAGGUUACUGUAAAGCAGCAACUAGUUAAGCAGUUCAGUUUCCCUGUCUUUGUGGGACCUGCAUGCCUCUAAUUUAUGACCUGAUGAACAUACUUCCCCUGGCCCACUAAGAAAUGAAAACAUAUUCCUUUCUUUCUACUUUAUGAGGACUUAUAUCAUAUCUUAUCAUAUUGUAUGGAUAGAGGCCUAAGAAAUAUUACAGAACAAAAUUUUAUAUUCCCAAAUUGCAAAAACAGGCUGAUCAAGAACAGUCUCCAAAUAUGUAAAAAUUCAAAAAUCAAAAAGGGACCCUUUUGAAGAAU